AUAAUUCACCUAGAACUCUCCAUUCAUGGCUCCAGAAAUCAAUGUCCUUCCGGCAGGAGGCGGUGGCGCCACAGUGGCGGUUGUCAUGGUCCCAUUUCCCGCUCAAGGCCAUCUCAACCAACUCCUUCAACUAUCACGCCUUAUUUCAUCUCACCACAUUCCCGUCCACUUCGUAGGAACCGCCACCCACAACCGCCAGGCUCGGUUGCGAGUCCACGGCUGGAACCCCCUCUCCACCGACAACAUCCACUUCCACGAAUUCCCGGAUGAUGGAACCGUCGAAUAUCCCACUCCGACAAAACCCACCUCUUCGGCGCGGGGAAUCCCAACAUUCCCCGCGCACUUCCUCGAAUCCUUUACUCGAGUAUCCUUCCUUCGCAUUCCGGUGAGAAAACUCCUCCGCACACUCGCUGUGAAAAACACCCGAGUGAUCGUGAUCCACGACUCGCUAAUGGGAUCGGUGGUCCAAGACGCGGCGUCGAUACCGAAUGCCGAAUCUUACAUAUUCCACAGCGUCUCCGCUUUUGCAAUUUUCCAUUUCAUUUGGCAGAAGACAGGGAAGCCUUUCGCCGUCGAUGAUAACAUCAUCAGAGAUCUUCCUCCGAUCGAGGGAUGUUUCAGCCCCGAGUUCGAAGCCUUCAUCAGCGCUCAGUACGAGUUCUUGAAGUUCAACUCGGGGCGGAUUUACAACACGUGCCGGGUUCUAGAAAGUCCGUUUCUUGAUCUUCUUUCCUGGGAAGAGAUUCCGGGAAAGCACUGGGCACUCGGCCCGUUUAACCCUGUCCACGUCACCACUGCAGAAGGGCCCCGCAAAUGCCUGACGUGGCUAGACCACCAGCCGCAAAACUCGGUCAUUUUCGUUUCGUUCGGGACGACGACCUCUUUCUCGGACGACCAAAUCCAAGAAAUCGCGGCGGGUUUGGAGCAGAGCGGGCAGAAGUUCAUCUGGGUGUUGAGAGAUUCUGAUAAAGCUGACAUUUUUACGAAAGAAAAUGCCAAAAUUGAGCUACCCAAAGGGUAUGAAGAGAGGGUGAGGGAGAUGGGAUUGGUGAUUCGGGACUGGGCCCCACAGCUAGAAGUCUUGGCCCACCCUUCCACCGGAGGGUUCCUGAGCCACUGCGGGUGGAACUCGUGCAUGGAGAGCAUAUCAAUGGGAGUUCCGAUGGCGGCGUGGCCGAUGCACUCCGACCAGCCGAGGAACACAAUCUUGAUUACGAGGUUUCUGAAGAUUGGGAUUGUGGUUAAGGAUUGGGAUCGCCGCGACCAGAUUGUGUUGUCGUCGACUGUGGGAGAGGCGGUGAAGAAGCUGAUGGCGUCGGAGGAAGGAAGGAGGAUGAGAGUGAGGGCGGCGGAGUACGGUUGCGCGUUGAAGAAGGCAGCGGGGGAAGGCGGCAUAAGUCGUAUGGAGUUGGACGAAUUUGUUGAUCACGUCACUAGAAUUUGAUAUGUCGGUCGCCUUGUGGUUCACUGAAACCAAUUUAGGGAAAAAAUGAAUAAAUGACACUCCCUCCUUCCAUGUCUAUAAAAUUUGCUAAAAUGCCUUUUUGUGAAUUAUAACAACUUUAAUCAUUACUCGUAAUAUUUUUUAGUGAAUUACCUAUUUAGGAAUGAAAGGAAG